AUGGAUAUACGAGAACACAAGGAGAUGUUCGCCGGUCCUAAGAAUGCGCAAGGAGGGUAUGGAGGAGCUUUAUUAUUUAAGGAGGCUGCAGGAGGAAAAGCCAAGGAAUGUUUAAGAGACCAGACGAAUUGGCAGAUGCAGGGAGAUAUGAUUAUGAUUAAAUUUUCGCAAAAGCAAGACUGCAACAGUGGUAGAUCCAAUCCUAAACAAGGCUAUGCUUUAAGUGAGAGUGAGAGUGAGAGUGAGAGUGAGAGUGAGAGUGAGAGUGAGAAUGAGAGCGAGCGCGAGAUUGGUAAAUGGCGGCAUCUGCAGGGAGAUAUGGUGGGAGACGGAGUCGGAAUUUCUUCUGGAUUAUCUUCAUUGCCACGGAUGGGGUGGGAUCUGAUUUGUUAUACGAAUGGAUGUGGAUGGAAACGAAAUUACAAGUUACAAGUUCGUACUGGACAAAAAGUAGUCUUCGCUGACUUUGCUGGUAUAAUGGGGUGCAAGGAGUUUUCUGAGGAGGAGGAGGAGGAGGAGGAGGAGGAGGAGGGUACCUUACAUCAGCAUCUACUUGAGUGA